AGUUAAUCUCUCCUUUUAUCGGAAAAUAAAAGUUCAAACAAAACAAAAGAAGCAAAGAGACAUAAAAUUAGUGUAACGAUGGCAUAAAUGAGACGCACACAUAACCAUCCACUGAUAUCCAAGUACUGUCUCGCAUAUAUAUGUUUUUGCCCUAAACACGUGGCGUUCUCCUAUUCCCAAAUGUUAAUCUCUUCGGCCACCGGAGAGACACAGAAAGAAUAUAGAGAAAUAGAAAGAGAGAGAGUGAAGAGAGUGAAGAGAGAUAGAGGAAAGAGAGAGAGAGAAAUGGAUCAAGAUCAUGAGUUAUGGCGGACGCUAAGAUGCGCAGGUAAAGCGCAAGAUAACACCUCUGUUGAUACUCUCAUGCUUAAGUACCGUCCGAUCGCUCCAAAGCCGACGACUACUGGUCAACCAUUCGUCGGAGAUACGAGUAUCAUGAGAAGGACGAAGAGGAAGUACGUUAGGGUUUCCAAGAAUAGUAAAGCCACGUGUCGAUCAAAGACGGACGACGGCGUCAGAUCUAGCUCGACAGAUCCGGAGAAUGGUCGGGAAGAUAUCGUCACGCUACAGCUCUUGCCGGAGAGAUCUACGCCGUUGAGUUUGGAUCAUCAUACUAAUCUGGAUCCAGCGGUGGAAGCAAUGAUCGGAGAUGAAACCGGUGAAACGGACACGUGGCUCAAGUUUAACGGCGGCGAUGAAGUGCUGCUGCAACGGGUUCCAGUAGAGACGUGGGUGACGUUGGAGUCCGUUAACAGUGGCUCGGUAUCCCAUGCGGUAGGGUUAACGGACGAAGAGAUCAAGGAUGCUUUAGACAAAGACACGUGUCCUGGUUUCAUAUCGGAUGGUUCGAACCGUGUUGUAAUGGUUAACGAGGCUUACCGGAAGAUAGUAACCGGAGACGGCGGGUUCGGUAGAGACGUGAUUGUGUGGUUGGUGGUUGACCAAACGGCGACGUUUUAUGACUACCGAACUUUUACGUGUAAGGUAAGACUGGAAUACACGUGGCGAGAGACCAAGUACACUAAAACGGUGCCGUGUGAUGUGUGGAAGAUGGAGUUUGGUGGAUUUGCAUGGAGGUUGGAUACUAGUGCAGCUUUAACUCUUUGGCUCUGAUGAGGUAUAGAGGGUAAGAUCAUUAAUUAAGGUCAAGUUGUGGUUAAGGUGGUUUAAUCUCACAACUUAACCACUAUUUCCAACUUUGUGUAUUAGGAAGUUAAUAAGUGUAAUACAAAAAAGAGAAACGAAUUAAAUGCUAAUAUAUAUGGGGGAAGUCUUGA